CGUCUCUUGUUCUCUGUGGCGCCGUCGUUGGCGACUCACCAGCCUUGCCCUUCUUGGAAACCCAAGACAUUCCCAUUCCUGUCGGGCCUGUGUGUGGCGAGCAGGCCAGGCCCGCCGGGGUGUUAUAUCCCGAUUUUGAUGUCUUCCCUCUCUAUGUCGUAUCGCAUCGUCUCUCUCCUUUAGCAACACAGAGAACCCGGUUCCGCAGUCAUGCGUUUCCUUCCACUCGCAGGCUCCGCCGUUGGCCUGUCACAACUCUCGAGCCGCUCAGUUGGCUUACAAUGUUUACAGCGCGAUCUCGCAUACUCGCCGCCCGUCUACCCGUCACCAUGGAUGGACCCCAAUGCCGACGGCUGGACGGAUGCUUACGCCAAGGCCAAGGACUUUGUCUCCCAGCUCACACUUCUCGAGAAGGUCAAUUUGACGACCGGAGUCGGUUGGCAAGGAGAUCUCUGCGUCGGCAACGUUGGUUCCGUCCCCCGUUUGGGCCUCCGCGGCCUUUGCAUGCAGGACGGCCCUGUCGGCAUCCGCUUCUCCGACUACAACUCGGUCUUCCCCUCCGGCCAGACCGUCGCCGCGACUUGGGACCGAGAGUUGAUCUACCGCAGAGCCGAAGCUAUCGGGUUCGAGCACCGUGCCAAGGGCGUCGACGUUGUCCUGGCCCCGGUUGCCGGACCCAUUGGCCGCGUACCAGCCGGCGGCCGCAACUGGGAGGGCUUUUCCAGCGAUCCUUACCUGACUGGCGUUGCCAUGGCCGAGUCAGUCAAGGGAAUCCAGCAGCACGCCAUCGCAUGCGCCAAGCAUUUCAUCGGCAACGAACAGGAGCACUUCAGACAAGCUCCAGAGGCACUUGGCUAUAACUACACCAUAAACGAGUCCAUCAGCUCGAAUAUCGAUGAUAAAACCCUCCACGAAUUGUAUUUGUGGCCGUUCCAGGACGCAGUGGCUGCUGGAGUGGGUUCCUUCAUGUGCUCAUACAACCAGGUGAACAACUCGUAUGGCUGCCAGAACUCCAAGCUCAUGAACGGCAUCCUGAAAGGCGAGCUUGGUUUCCAGGGAUUCAUCAUGUCUGAUUGGGCAGCGCAGCAUGCUGGAGUUGCUACUGCGGUUGCCGGUCUCGAUAUGUCCAUGCCUGGUGACACAGCGUUCAACUCCGGCAUGACAUUCUGGGGAACCAAUCUAACCGUAGCCGUCUUGAACGGCACGCUCCCCGAGUACCGGCUUGAUGACAUGGCGAUGCGCAUCAUGGCCGCCUUCUUUAAGGUCGGCUUCAAGUUGGAUGACGUACCCGAGAUCAACUUUUCCUCGUGGACGACGGACACCGUUGGUCCGCUACAGUACUACGCCAAAGAGAACGUCCAAGUCAUCAACCAGCAUGUCGACGUUCGAAGGGGCCAGGACCACGGUAAACUCAUUCGUGAGAUCGCCGCCAAGGCCACUGUGCUGCUGAAGAACGAAGGCGCCCUGCCGCUCAAGAAGCCCAAGUUCCUAGCUGUUAUCGGAGAGGAUGCCGGCCCCAACCCCAGUGGCCCCAACGGGUGCAACGACCGUGGCUGCAACGAAGGAACGCUCGGCGCUGGCUGGGGAUCCGGAAGCUCGAACUACCCCUACCUCAUCACACCGGACCAGGCACUGCAAGCCCGGGCUGUUGCGGAGGGUUCUCGGUAUGAGAGCAUUCUCAGCAACUAUGACUCUGCCGCUACCACGGCCCUGGUCACGCAACCAGACGCCACGGCCAUCGUGUUCGUCAAUGCGGACAGCGGUGAAGGCUACAUCAACGUGGGUGGGAACGAAGGCGACCGCCAGAACUUGACACUUUGGAAUGGGGGAGAUGAGCUGGUCAAGAACGUGUCUGCAGUCAACAACAACACCAUUGUCGUGAUCCACUCUGUCGGUCCUGUGUUGCUGGCUGACAUGAAGAACAACCCCAAUAUCACGGCGAUUGUCUGGGCUGGCCUUCCGGGCCAGGAGUCUGGUAACUCGAUCACGGACGUGCUCUACGGAGACGUUAACCCCGGAGGCAAAUCCCCGUUCACUUGGGGCCCCACUCGCGAGAGUUACGGCGCCGAUGUUCUGUACGAGCCCAACAAUGGCGAGGGUGCUCCUCAAGACGACUUUAGCGAGGGUGUCUUCAUCGACUACCGCUACUUCGACCGGGCGACCUCGGGCUCCAACGGGACCUCCACUGGCGCAGCCCCGGUCUACCCAUUCGGAUUUGGUCUCUCGUACACGACGUUUGAAUACUCCAACUUGGUCGUGACCCCCAAGGAGGCGGUCGACUACACGCCCACCACUGGCGUGACGGAGAAGGCGCCGACCUUUGGCAACUACAGCACCGACCCGGCGACCUACGUUUUCCCGAGCGGAGAGUUCCGUUACAUCUACAAAUUCAUAUACCCCUACCUCAACACUAGCGACAUUAGCAAGUCGGCCAACGACCCCGCGUACGGACAGACGGCGGACGAGUUUCUGCCUCCCAAGGCUCUGGAGAGCGGUCCCCAGCCCAAGCACCCAGCAUCGGGCGCCCCUGGCGGCAACGCUCAACUUUGGGAUGUCCUGUACACUGUGACUGCCACGAUCACUAACAAGGGCGGCGUUGCCGGCGACGAGGUUGCUCAGUUGUACGUCUCGCUCGGCGGUCCGAAUGAUCCCGUCAAGGUGCUGCGUGGGUUUGACCGCAUUGCUAUCGCGCCUGGCGAGUCGGCCACUUUCACGGCGGACAUCACCAGACGCGACCUCAGCAACUGGGACACGGUGAGCCAAAACUGGGUCAUCAGCGAGUACCCGAAGAAGGUGUGGGUGGGAGGCUCGUCUAGAGACUUGCCUCUGAGCGCGUCGCUCUAAGUAAUUGGAAAACUUAAAAUAGUAGUAGUCUAAUAUCAUAUUCGUUACCACAUUGGUUUCCCCUUGGUUGUAGGUGGUGAAGCGUGUCGAAGGCAGGUCAAGGAAGACUAAGUAUUUCUUGUGAUGACGGUCACAUAUCAUGACGGUAUCGGUACAGAUGGCAAAGCUCAAAAUCCAAGGAUGAAGAUGUGAAUGACUCAAGCAAGCCGCAAAGAGUGACGCAACAGGAACCACAAUUCGGAUGGAGGAAAGCCCAUGAUUCCCAUGCACGUUGCGCUAUGACGUGCAUGUGGCGGCACGAUGAAAAGUACCAGUAGAUGGACGACUGACUGGCACGAUGCUGUUCGUCGUGAAUGAAGCCGCAUCAACACUUGAACAAUGCGUCGGCCUUGAUGUUGUUGCCCCCGUUACUUGCGUCACCCCAUAGAAAUGCUUAUAUCAGACCGAGCUGUGUUGGCACUCACCAUAGCACACCGCGGGAUCCCCGUCGGUGACGCG